AUGGUUCAAUCCGCCGUUCUCGGUUUCCCCCGUAUGGGUAGACUUCGUGACCUGAAGAAGGCCACUGAAGCUUACUGGGGUGGCAAGAUCUCCCGCGAUGACCUCCUCGCUGAGGGUAAGCGUCUCCGUGCUGAGCACUGGAAGAUCCAGCAGGCUGCUGGUGUCGAUUCCAUCCCCUCCAACGACUUUGCCUUCUACGAUCAGUUCCUCGACCACUCCCAGCUCUUUGGUGUGAUCCCCCAGCGUUACAGCCAGCACAAGCUGGACCCUCUCGAUGAGUACUUCGCCAUGGGCCGUGGUCACCAGAAGGAUGGUGUCGAUGUCCCCGCUCUGGAGAUGGUCAAGUGGUUUGACUCCAACUACCACAUUGUCAAGCCCGCUGUCCAGGAGAACCAGCAGUUCAAGCUGAACGCCAACCCCAAGCCCGUUGUUGAGUUCAAGGAGGCCCUUGCGCUUGGUAUCAAGACCACCCCCGUCGUUGUCGGUCCCGUUACUUUCCUGGCUCUCGCCAAGGCCGACCGUGGCCAGAACGUUGACCCCAUUGACCUCCUCCCCGCUCUUCUGCCCCUCUACGUCGACCUCCUGGCUCAGCUCAAGGCUGCCGGUGCGGAGAAGAUUCAAUUGGACGAGCCUGUUCUUGUCCUGGAUCUGGCUGAGAAGGUGAAGGCUGCUUUCAAGCCCGCCUACGAUGUUCUUGGCAACCUCGGCGCCAAGGCCCCCAAGAUCACCCUUGCCACCUACUUCGGAGACAUCGUCCACAACAUUCAGGUUCUGAAGGACGUCCAGAACGUCGAUGCUAUCCACGUCGACCUCGUCCGCAACCCCGAGCAGCUCGACACCGUUGUCGCUGCCCUGGGCCCCAACCAGACUCUGUCCGCCGGUGUUGUAGAUGGCCGCAAUAUCUGGAAGGUGUCAUAUAAGAACGCCCUAGAGAUCGUGGAAAAGGCCAUUCAGAAGCUCGGAAACGAGCGCGUGCGUGUGGCCACUAGUAGCUCGCUCCUUCACACUCCUCACACACUGGAGAGCGAGAAGAAGCUUGAUCCCGAGGUCCGUGACUGGUUCAGCUUCGCUAGCGAGAAGGUCAAGGAAGUUGUUGUCAUCGCCAAGGCUAUCACCGAGGGCCCUGCGUCCGUUGCCGCUGAGUUGGAAGCCAACGCCGCCUCUAUGAAGAGCCGCGCUACAUCUACCCGGACAAAUGACCCCGCUGUCAAGGCCAGACAGUCCAAGGUCACCGAGGCUGACCACAACCGCAAGUCUGACUUUGCUACCCGCAUUGCUCUGCAGACAAAGGACAUCAAGCUCCCUCUCUUCCCCACCACCACUAUUGGUUCUUUCCCCCAGACCCAGGAGAUCCGUAUCCAGCGCAACAAGUUCACCAAGGGUGAGAUCACUGCUCAGGAGUACGAGAAGUUCAUCGAGAAGGAGAUCGAGCACGUUGUCAAGCUCCAGGAGGACCUUGACCUGGACGUCCUGGUCCACGGUGAGCCCGAGCGUAACGACAUGGUGCAAUACUUUGGUGAGAGACUCCAGGGUUACGUUUUCACCACUCAUGCUUGGGUUCAGAGCUACGGUUCCCGCUGCGUGAGACCUCCUAUCGUUGUCGGUGACAUCAGCCGCCCGGCUCCCAUGACUGUGAAGGAGAGUGCCUAUGCUGUCUCUCUCACCAAGAAGCCCAUGAAGGGUAUGCUCACUGGUCCUAUCACCUGCCUUCGGUGGUCUUUCCCCCGUGACGAUGUCCACCAGAGCGUCCAGGCUCAGCAGCUUGCUCUGGCCCUGCGUGAUGAGGUUAUCGAUCUCGCCAACGCCGGUGUUAAGGUCAUCCAGGUCGACGAGCCUGCCCUUCGUGAGGGUCUUCCUCUGCGCACUGGCCCUGCUCGCGAGGCUUACAUUAAGUGGGCCGUGAAUGCAUUCAAGCUGGCCACUGCCGGUGUUGAGGAUAACAUUCAAAUCCACUCUCACUUCUGCUACUCCGAGUUCCAGGACUUCUUCCACGCCAUUGCUGCCCUCGAUACCGAUGUUCUGUCCAUCGAGAACAGCAAGUCCGAUGCUAAGCUGCUCAAGGUCUUCCUUGACCAGAGCUUCGACGCUCACAUCGGCCCCGGUGUUUACGACAUCCACUCCCCUCGUAUCCCCACUGAGGAGGAGAUCAAGGAGCGUAUUGAGCAGAUGCUCCAGUUCCUCAAGCCCGAGCAGCUCUGGAUCAACCCUGACUGUGGCCUGAAGACCAGAACCGAGGCUCAGACCAUCGGCCAACUGAAGUCGCUCGUGGCUGCCGCCAAGUUCUACCGUCAGAAGUACGCCCAGUAA